AUGUCCGAAGACGCUCCCCAAAAACCAUCUAAGCUCCCCGUCAUUGUCAAUAAACCCACUCCAUACACCUUUGACCUCGGUCUCCUCCUCGCCGAGGAUCCAAACCCGCUCCUCCUCACCACAUCCGAAAACCUCGAAGCUGAUCUCGCCGCUACUGCGCGAGAUGGCGCGCAAGCAUUGUUGAACCAGUUAUUGAGCACUUGUCCCAUUGCAUCAACGCCCAAUGGAGUUUUAUUGAGUUUGCCUGCAAUCGCUACCAAGUUGCCUAGAGAAAAGCCUCUUCCCCCACCAGUUGGCCAAACCACCUGGCAGAAAUUUGCCGCUAAGAAAGGCAUUAAACCCAAGACUGCCGAGGCCAAAAAGAAGCUUGUAUAUGAUGAAUCCACUGGUGAAUGGGUUCCUAAAUGGGGAUAUAAGGGAAUAAAUAAAAAGGGAGAAGACGAUUGGAUUGUGGAGGUGAAUGAGAAGCAGGAGCGCGAGAGAAAGGAAGGAACUGAGAGACAGAACGAUGGAAGACGAGAGAGAAAGGAGAAGGUUAGGAGGAAUGAGAGAAUGCAGAGAAAGAAUGAAAGGAGUGAUAGGAAGAAUCAUGGAGGGAAGAGGGAUUAA